GUUGUUUUAUUAUAAUAUAAGACAACAAAUAUAAGUUGGGAAAAUGCCUAGUGCAUCAUUUACAUCGUCGCGCUCCUAUGUGCGGCGUUCCAAACGAAAGGGUGCCAAUCGCAUAGCUUUGCCGAAUCGUCCGGUUGGCAAUAUUAUGGAUCCAAUUUUACAAAAUUCAUCAUCACAAAUUAUACAAAAUCACUCGGUAGCUAUAAAUUCUUCAUCGGCGGCAACAUCGUCUUCAGCAUCCGGUUCCUGUCAACCCACUCCAGCAAGCACAUCGAAUUCAGCAGGUGAUAUGUACGAUGGUUCUGGGCCCUCAUGUUCCAAAGUACAAGUAUUAAAUGCUGCUUGUUCUUCGUCAUCGUCGUCGGCAUCGGCAUCAUCGUCAUCAUCAUCAACAAAUAUGGGUUUAAAUCAAAUGACCGGAGGAGGCGGAGGUAUUGCAAAUUCAAACAGUGGCAAUAGCAACGCUUCAACGGGACAAAUGUCACUAUUCGAAUAUGUUGGAAUGCAUAUAAAUGACCCGGAUGCAGGCACAUCAAAUAGUGGUGGUGGAGGAUUUUCAUCCGGCAUUGCAGCAUCCACCUCCACGACAACAUCAUCAUCAGGAUCGACAACUACAUCAGCAACAUCUUCCUCGAAUACAUGUGGUGGUGGUGUUGGUGUACACCAAUCGCCCUACGAUUUACGCAGUAAACUACCCACAAGUAGCAGCCAUGAUCAAUGGCCUUCCUCAUCAUCAUUGGCAUUGAUGAUGGUGACUGGUGUCAUUGUGGGUCCUUCAUCAUCGACGUCAGCCUCAUCAUCAUCCACCAACAACACCACCUCCUCCUCGUCGUCGUCGUCAGCUGCUGUCUCAAAUCUACUAAACAAUGGUAAUUCAGUGAAUACUUCCACAAACCAGUCAACCGCUGUUAUACAUGCACCCUCAACAAAUGCAUCGUUCCCGGUGAAUAAUGCACCCACAGGGGCACCACUAACACACCCGCCAACUGUACACAGUUCCAUACCACAACAGCAUUGUAGUGCCCUGCCAAUUGGUGGCUCCGAUGCCAACAGUUUCAUGUUACCAGCCCGCAAACGCUCACGGCGUCUAUAUACCGUUAACAUGGAUACAGCAUUGAUGUCUCCACCCAGUGUCAGUGGUAGUGGUUCUAGUUAUAUGGGUCCCACUGCUGCCCAAUAUUUGCAAUAUGAACUGCCAGAUGAGGUGCUCUUAGUCAUCUUCUCCUAUCUACUGGAACAAGAUCUAUGCCGUUUGGCUCAGGUCUGUAAACGUUUCAAUACCAUUGCAAAUGAUACGGAACUUUGGAAACGUUUGUAUCAAUCGGUUUUCGAAUAUGAUCUGCCCCUUUUCAAUCCGGAGGUGUGUAAAUUUGUUUUUGAAAAACCCGAAGAGUCGGAAUAUGCCAACGCCUGGAAGGAGAGUUUCCGUCAGCUGUAUCGUGGCGUGCACGUAAGGCCUGGUUAUCAAAAUAAAAAAUAUCCCGGUCGAAGUAUAGUGUUCUUUGAUACCAUACAAGCGGCCCUCGAUUAUCCCGAAGAGAGAGCAGCAGUUUCGGGAGGAGCCUCAACAUCGGCAGCUGCCAUUAAUGCGGGGCUAUCUAAUCCGACAGCCGGUGGUGCAAGUGUCAAUGCUCUGGCCAAUAUGUAUGAGGAUAAUGUUCCACCAUUGGAUCAUCCGGGUCCAUUGAUAUUUUUACAUGCCGGCCAUUAUAAGGGGGAGUACCUCUUUAUUGAUUCCGAUGUGGCAUUAAUUGGUGCCGCUCCCGGCAAUGUGGCCGAGGCUGUUGUCCUAGAACGUGAAGCUGGAUCCACGGUAAUGUUUGUGGAGGGCGCCAAAUAUGCCUAUGUGGGAUAUUUAACAUUGAAAUUCUCUCCGGAUGUCACCUCAACAGUAUCGCAUCACAAACACUAUUGUCUGGAUAUCGGUGAAAAUUGUUCGCCGACAGUGGACAAUUGUAUUAUCCGCAGUUCAUCGGUGGUGGGUGCGGCGGUGUGUGUGGGUGGUGUUAAUGCCAAUCCCAUAAUAAGAAAUUGUGACAUUAGCGAUUGUGAAAAUGUCGGUCUCUAUGUUACCGAUUACGCUCAGGGCACGUACGAGCACAACGAAAUCAGUCGAAAUGCAUUGGCCGGCAUUUGGGUAAAGAAUUUCGCCAGUCCCAUUAUGCGUGAAAAUCAUAUACAUCAUGGUCGUGAUGUGGGCAUAUUUACAUUUGAAAAUGGAAUGGGUUAUUUCGAAAAGAACGACAUACACAAUAAUCGAAUAGCAGGUUUCGAGGUAAAAGCUGGUGCCAAUCCAACCGUGGUCAAAUGUGAAAUUCAUCACGGACAGACUGGUGGUAUAUAUGUACAUGAAAACGGCUUGGGUCAAUUCAUUGAGAAUCGCAUACAUUCAAAUAAUUUUGCAGGCGUUUGGAUAACCUCAAACAGUAAUCCGACCAUACGUAAAAAUGAAAUCUACAAUGGUCAUCAGGGUGGUGUAUAUAUUUUCGGUGAGGGUCGUGGUCUUAUCGAACACAAUAAUAUUUAUGGCAAUGCUUUGGCCGGCAUACAAAUACGCACAAACAGUGAUCCAAUUGUGCGGCACAAUAAAAUCCAUCAUGGGCAACAUGGUGGCAUAUAUGUGCACGAAAAGGGCCAGGGUCUCAUUGAGGAGAAUGAAGUCUAUUCGAAUACACUGGCGGGAGUUUGGAUAACAACAGGCAGUACACCGGUGUUGCGGCGGAAUCGUAUACAUUCCGGUAAACAGGUUGGUGUUUAUUUCUAUGACAAUGGUCAUGGCAAAUUGGAGGAUAACGACAUCUUUAAUCAUCUAUAUUCGGGAGUACAAAUACGUACCGGCAGUAAUCCAGUGAUACGUGGCAAUAAAAUAUGGGGUGGCCAGAAUGGUGGCGUCUUAGUUUAUAAUGGCGGUUUGGGUCUUUUGGAGCAGAAUGAAAUUUUCGAUAAUGCCAUGGCGGGUGUGUGGAUUAAAACCGAUUCCAACCCGACCCUGAAACGUAAUAAAAUCUAUGAUGGUCGUGAUGGUGGUAUUUGUAUAUUUAAUGGUGGCAAGGGUAUACUCGAAGAGAAUGAUAUCUUUCGCAAUACUCAAGCUGGUGUUUUGAUAUCGACACAAUCUCAUCCCAUAUUGCGUCGCAAUCGUAUAUACGAUGGCCAAGCGGCAGGUGUGGAAAUUACCAAUAAUGCCACAGCCACAUUGGAAUAUAAUCAAAUAUUUAAAAAUAAAUUUGGUGGUCUAUGUCUGGCGAGUGGUGUACAACCGAUAACGCGUGGCAAUCAAAUAUUCAACAACGAAGAUGAAGUCGAGAAGGCAGUGUCCGGUGGGCAGUGCCUUUACAAAAUAAGCAGCUAUACUUCAUUUCCCAUGCACGAUUUCUAUAGAUGUCAGACGUGUAAUACAACAGAUCGCAAUGCCAUUUGUGUGAAUUGUAUUAAGAAUUGUCAUGCAGGACAUGAUGUGGAAUUCAUAAGGCAUGAUCGUUUCUUUUGCGAUUGCGGUGCCGGCACCCUAUCGAAUCAAUGUCAACUACAGGGCGAACCAACACAAGACACGGAUACAUUAUAUGAUUCAGCGGCGCCCAUGGAAUCUCAUACUUUAAUGGUAAACUAACUAGAA